UUAUUUACAGUUUUAAGUUAAAGGGGAAGGAAAACUAAUUUUAUAUCAGUGAGUGAGAGUAUUUCUUGUAAUUAUAGGUAUAAGUUAUCUUAAAAUUACUUAUUAGUGUGUAAUGAAAUGAAUUAUCUCUCAAAGCUUGUAAAUUAGUUAGUCUGCAUUGAAUAAAGGUGUCAAGGAUGCUGAAUUUUGAAGAAUGGAGGAUAAAAGAGUAGCCGACUACUUUGUAGUUGCAGGUCUUCUAGACAAUGCUUCACCCCUCGAAGAGUUUUCUCGUGAUGGAAACAGUCCCAAAUCUACACAAUCUUUGCUGCCCAUAACUGAUGUGACCGUUAUUAUACGUAGCCAGGGAGAAACAGUGCCAAAAGGUUAUACUUGCAUUGAAUGCACUCCUCUUGGUUUUCCUGCUGAUUUAAACCAUGGAAGUCUACGCAGUCCAAACAUCUUUUUCUGUUUCCGCCGGGGUAGAGAUAAACCCCCUCUCGUGGAUGUGGGGGUACUUUAUGAAGGAAAGGAGAAAGUCAUGGCUGACAGUGAAGUGGUCCUGAAUACACCAGGUGGUCAUUUAGCGAAUGUAAAUAAUAGUGGUUCAAAAACUUUUAUCACAUAUCGGAGGGCACCUGAAAAUGCUCCCUGCAAUCAACUAGUUGUUACAGAUAUAUGUAUUAUAUUAGCAAAUAAGAAUGAAAAUCCACCUCAUGCAUUUUGUAAAAUCAACAAAAAUUUAAAUAAAGGAAUGCUUGGUUCAGAUGUCUAUUUAUGCUAUAAAAAAUCCAUGAAUCGGCCAGAUCUAUUGUGUUAUAAACCUGGUAUUCUGGGACGUUUCCCCAUAGAAGAUUAUGAUAAUUUUGCUCUACCUCCUUCCGUUCCACUUUUUUGUCUACCAAUGGGUGCAACAAUUGAAUGUUGGCCUAAAAAAGCUCAGCAGCCUAAACCUGUAUUCUCAACCUUUGUUUUAACUUCUUACUCAGCUGAAAAAGUUUAUGGUGCGGCUGUUACAUUCUAUGAACCUUUUCCGGAGCUGAAAUUGAACGAAACAAUGAAAGUGCACCUUCAUUUCUCCAGUGAAGAACUUAAAAGAAACAAAUGCUUACAAACCAAUAAGUCUAUAUGUUUGUUAUCACGAUGGCCUUUUUUUGAUACCUUCGAAAAAUUUCUCAGAUACUUGCAUCGAAUGUCUGUUUCAGGGCCGCAUAGAGUACCCUUAGAAAGAAUAAUAUCUCAUUUCAUGCUUGAAGUUCCUUUCCCAUCAGUACAAAGACCAAGGAUUUUAAUUCAGCUUUCUGAUUAUACUAUUACGCUUGCCCAACCAGGAGAUACACAGCUGCCACUUACGGGUGCUUCUUUUAUUCAGUUACUGAAAAAUGUUGGACCUGACAAAUGCCUUAAAAUCCUACUGUUUGCCCUGACUGAACAAAAAAUACUUUUCCAUUCAUUGCGGCCUGAUGUCUUGACUAGUGUAGCCGAAGCUGUAGUAAUGCUCAUUUUCCCGUUCCAUUGGCAAUGUCCUUACAUUCCUCUGUGUCCGCUUGGUUUAUCUGAUGUCCUGUGUGCACCUGUGCCAUUUCUUGUUGGUGUUGAUUCUCGAUACUUUGAUUUGUUUGAUCCUCCUCAAGAUGUAACCUGCAUUGAUCUUGAUACAAAUUCUAUUUUUACUUCUGAAGAAAAGAAAAGCCUUACCACAAAGCUCCUUCCUAAAAAACCUGCCAGAGAUCUGCGUAACACUUUAAUGUCUCUAUACGGAAAGCUAGGGUCUAUCAAAAGUAGUGCUUCUCAGUCGCUGUUGUUAUCCAAUAAUUCUGCCUUAAUAGACUAUGACUUUAAAACAAAAAAGAUUGAGCGCCAACUUGAAUUGGAAAUACAAGAAGCGUUCUUACGUUUUAUGGCUUCUAUUUUGAAAGGAUAUCGCUCAUAUUUAUUGCCAAUCACUAGUGCACCAACAAUUGGGACAACUGAUCCCAAUUCCUUAUUUGACUUAUCUGGUUUUUUAAGAAGUCGGGACAAAGCUUAUGGCAGAUUUUUUUCCAUGGUAAUGAAGACUCAAAUGUUCAUUCGAUUUAUUGAGGAACGUUCUUUUGUUUCUGACAAGGAUGCAAGCUUAGCGUUCUUUGACGAAUGUACAGAGAAAAUAGACUCCUUUGGUUAUGACAUGAAGUUUUUAGAAAUUGACGAAUCUCAGGUGAGCGAUAGGACUGUGUUUGUCGCACCUCCUGAGCCUAUUGGCCUACCCCCUGGCCUAGAGUACAGGUACAAACAAUUUGGUACUCUGAAACCUCAGUUGUUUCAUAAGAAUCCAGUGAAAUCUGUCCUAAAGCUAAUUGCUCAAGCUAGUCCAAUGCCAAAUAGUCCAAUGGCACGGCGAAGCAAACAGGAAAUCAGAAGUGCUCAAAGAGUAAACAUCUUUCAAAAAAGAACGAAAAAUCCUUUGUGUUUCUAUAGGUGCCUGGUGAAUUAUUGCUUUAGUUUAUGGUUUAUUCAUUUGCCUUCAUUUGUAAGAAACUCACCAUCCAAAAGCAGUGCACUUAGGCUUUCAUUUGAUGUUCUGGCUCAAAUUCAAAAAUAUAAAAUUUGCCAACCAGAUGAGGUUUGCUAUAGAGUGUUGAUGCUGUUAUGUGGAUUAUAUAGUCAGCCAACCUUGGCUGUGAAAAUUUUAUUCGAAAUGAAGCAUUAUGGUGUUCAACCCAAUGCAAUAACUUAUGGUUAUUAUAACAAAGCUGUUCUAGAAAGCAAAUGGCCUGCUGCAGACGCAAGCAGUACCCUGAUGUGGAAUCGCCUUCGUAAUGUCAUCUUGAGUGUGGCCCAAUUCAGGCAGGGCUUGAAGAACAAGGCAAGGCGGUCUCUUUCAUUGUGUUCUGAAACUGAAUUGGACUGCCUAAGCAGAGCGAGUACGGAGAGCAGCAAUCCGGACGAUGUGUCCAUUGUGAGGAUAAGCAACCCAGCUGAAUUUUUACCCGAUUUAAUCAAACUCAGGGAUGAUCAGAACAAUUCAGAUGAAUCAUCUGAUAGGGGUUACAGUUCCAUGAACCAUGUUGAUGGAAUCAAAUCUUUAUCACUACAAGAGCCUGCUGAUAACUGUAAACUUGAAAAAGAAGAAAAAGCCUGUUGUCAAGAAUUUAAACAAGCCCCCAAGUGUUCUGCAGCUAGGAAAUUGAAAUUUAAAGAAAUAGAUUUUACUGCUUCAGAUAACUUCAGAUGCCGUGUCGGUAGCAUUGUGAAAAGUUCAGCAUCCAGUAUUGGUAGUCUUUCUCAAUUCCAAGAUUGUUCAGUUGACAGCAGUGCUGGAAUACUUAUGACUAGUCGCACCUCUCUGACAGAAGACAUGAAAUUCUGUGAACUGGACACGCCUGUUCGCAGACGACACAAGAGUGCUGGAGAAUGCAACUGCUCUUCUCUAAAUUACCAUCUACGUUCCCCCAAUAAACCGAUAUCUGAUACUCCUGACGAAAAGACUAGUAAAGCUCCUUUCUUAAGAUCUCACAGCUUCGGUAGUGACGCUCAAAUCAUAAGGAAGAUCCGAGCGGGCCGUGACUCUUACGAUUCCAUCUCAAAGUGGAUUGAUUCUCCUCUCAAGAUGACUGUUUUUGAUAAGAAAAGGGAAGAGAAAGAUAGAAUUUCCAAAAAUUGUGUCCUAACCAGGUGCGACGAGGAACCCGAAGCGGAGCAACAGGAGAUGUCUCCGGUAAAACACAAGUCCUCUGGCGUGCUCAUCGAGAAACAGAGGAAGAUAUCUGUUGAGUCUAAGAAAAGUACUGUUUCUAACAUGUCGUCCGAGGAAGGUUCUCUAUCGAGUACCGCAGAGGAUAAAAACUUCUCCGAAGAAGCAGAGUUAAAUAAUUCUCAAGAUUUUUUAUCUUCAACUUUCAGUCCCUUGAAGGAAGCAUGGCUUAAUUGGGACAUUUCAAGCAGUGCUAAAGGUGUUGCAUCCAAUAUUACGACUACUUUUGGCAAUGUCUACAGAGAGUCUUUUCGUCGGAAAACUGGCAGCAAGGUGUCCCGCAGCUCAACUUUCCAUAGUGGUGCUAGAAAUUCAGUUCCCAAACUCAAGCAACGCAAGGAAAGCGUCCCAGCAGUGAUGGUCAAUUCCGUUGGGAAGUCCAUGUCCCGAUCAUCCACCCUUCCCGUAACUCCUAGAAUUGACAAUUCUUCAGAAAGUAACUUGACCGACUCACCAGCCAGUUUACCUCUAAGUUCCUCCUCUUUUGGUAUUUCAAAGAUAAAUUCGAGGCAUUCUGAAGUUCUGUUUGAAGGUUUAAAAUCAGCUGUCACCUCUGUAUCCUCGAAGCUGAAUGAGUUCCGUACCUCUCUUUCUGCAUCUAAUACUCCGACAAAAAAUGUCACACCUUUGAGUUCUCAACAAGAUAUUGAUUUAAUCAUAUAUGAUGAUACUGAUUCUGGUGGUUUAAUGUCUGACGGAUAUCGUAUCAGUAUGGAUUAUUCCGGUUUUGUUGAUGUAAGCGAUUCACCCCUCGGUGGUCUUCUUGGCAGAGAACGAACGCCCGUGAAAUCGGAUUCACCUGGAACCUUACACCAUGUUGGUAGCGCACCGGUCUUUUCCUCUCAGGUAUAUGAAAUGUUUGAGAAACAGAGUUCAUCCCAGAAUGAUAGCCAAAACAGUCAGAGAGUGGCUCUGGAGAUCGUGAUGACUACCUGUUCUCGUUGCCACCAUUGCUCCUCUCUCUUGUACGAUGAAGAGAUAAUGGAAGGCUGGAGUGCUGAUGAUUCAAACUUGAACACUCGGUGUACAUUUUGUAAAGCUAAGUUAGUACCUCUUCUCUCAAUAUUUAUUCAGGAUAUCAGAUGGGAGGAGAAUUCUAUCAGCACAGCUCAAUCUUCAGAGAGUGUUUGCAGUGUCUCUUCCAACAUUCGUCCCGAUGUCUUUGAAUCUGAUUCUUUCAUUAACCGUCCACAGGAGAAUAACAUGUCCGUUAAGAGCAAUAUUGAUUCAAAUCACAAUGCAUUUAUUUUAAUUGAAGAAAAUUCUGACAAUAAAGAAUAUUUAAGAAAAUCUCCUUACGACCAAAACAUAGUUGACAGUUUUGAUCCAUUGAAAACUGAAAACUUACUCCCAAAUUCUCUCGAUGAAAACGAGAAUCCAUCCAUCGCAGUUCCACCGUACAAUGCCAAGCUUCGGAAGUUGAGCCAGUCCACGAACUCAUCAGCGAGUGAUGUCCGCAGGUUUUCCGUCUCUCUCAACGACAUUGAGCCAGUCACAGUGCCUUACCUGAGUCCAUUAGUGUUGCGGAAAGAAGUUGAGAAUGUACUUGAGCAUGAAGGAGAUAACUGCAUGACAAAGCCAGAGUUUGUCGACCAGCAUCCUAUCAUAUAUUGGAAUUUGGUAUGGUUUUUCAAGCGAAUUGGUGUUUCAAGUCAUUUACCUGCUCUUGUUCUGUCUUCAGAAUCAACUACAAAAGGAAAAAAGAUUCCAGAGUCAUGGCUAAAGAUGGAUUAUCGUAAUGUGUCAGUUCACUGUGUUUGGGACAAUGUCAAACUACAUGAUGAAACUGGACAACCUCUCUAUAUGCUUUGGACGCAGCUAGAAACAAGUGAACAAUCUUCACUUGUCACUGCACUUUUGACUGACGAAUGGAAAGCCUCCAGAAAUGUCAUAAAACAGAUUCUGGGUCGCCUGCAGUGCAAUGACCUUUACUCCCCCAUUUGUCUGCUCAUAAAUGAAAGGAAAAAGAGUUCAUCCAGGAAGCACCAUCACAGUAUUUAUAGAGAGAUUUUAUUUCUCUCUCUCAUUGCAAUGGGCAGAGAGAACAUUGAUAACUUGUCCUUUGAUCUGGAGUAUAGAAAAGCAUACUCAAAACUCUCGAACAAACAACUGUCACAACUACACAUGAACGACAGGCCUCCCACGGAUGGUGCCGUAUUCUGCCGUCGCUAUUUCAGAGAUUUAGAGUUAAAAGUGAGAUAAAUGUCAAUUACAAACAGUAUUUAUUUAUACCGGUAAUUCUGUCUCUUUCAAGUCAAGCAUUUUUUCUAAUUCUUCUGACUGUUUUCGUUUUUGCUUUGUUGUAUUAUUUGUUAUGCGUCUCUAUGUCUGUAUUUCAAAGUAUAUUGAGGCAUUUUAUAUUUAAAUUAUGCAUAUUGUUAAGUUUAAAAUGAAGAUAUUUUUACUGUGUCGACGUAUUUUCACUGACAAGAUCACCUCAACAAAAUCUAUUUAACUGUCUAGUAUUGUAAAUUCCAGACUGAGUUUUUUUUUUUAUUCAUAAGCCUACUUUGUUUAUUAUUUGCAGUUUCAUAUUCUUAGCCUCAUUUUAAGUACUGCUUUCGAGUAUGCAACUACGCUUUUCCUCUGAAUCAGCUUUUGUUUUUGUUGCUAAUAAUUGAAAAGAGAAAUAGGAGAAGAAAAGGUGGGGUUAACUUUAAAAGAAACAUUUAUCAAAUACAGUCGAACCUCGUUAUCACAAAACCGCUUAAUGUGAAAUAUUGCUGUACAUAAAACACAUGUUCAGUCCCGUGAGUCAAUAAUCAACUAUUGUUGUAUUUUACAUGCUUAGAUCGCUGGUUACAAAUUUCAUAAUAUCGGUAUUUUUAAUCCAUUAUUUCAGUGGAGAUUCAUUUGGGGAGAUUCGGAAAGUAUUUGUUACAUUAAAAUUUUCGAAUUUAACUAAAACGGGAUUUGACUGUAUCUGAAAUAUUUGUUGUGUUCGAUUAACUGUAAAUUUUUUAUUUGAUAUUUUAUUAUUCGAUUAGAAAAAUCAUCUGCUAUUUUUCAGAAUAAAGAAUUCUUCCUUCACUUCGGAAGUUCUCGGUUCUUUUUUCCAAAAAUUGUUGUUGUAACUUUUGGUUACCAAAUAAGUAAGGGGAGCAAUUGCACUUGUUUUAAAUAUAUUAUGGAAUGACCAUGUUGUUGUUUACAAUACUAUCACAAAUAAUGAUAAACAAAUGAUUCUCUUUUUUCCAGCAAUUAGACAAAUAGUUUCACUUACAGACUUGGUAUUAAAAAAUAUAGCAAAUUAGAAAAGUGUGUUUUGAUAUUUUACACUCACAAAUAACUGCUUUACAUACGAUAUGUAUUUAGGCAGUAGCAUAAGUUUUAUUUGUGAUUGUUUCUCACAUUCAUAUCAUAAACGAAUAAUUUUCAUGAUUUUCUCCUUACAUGAAUUUUUUCAGUAUUUGGUGAUAAAAUGUUUUUGAGUUUUACUCAACUAAAGAGCCAAUUAUAUGCAUAAGGUAUAAGGUAAGAGCCAAGUAUAUGCAUAAAAAAUACUUUUUAAGUCAAUACAUAUCAGUUCUUCUACUGGCAUGAUAGCCCUUUGUGGGCCAUAGCCUUCCCUAGAACCUUCCUCCAUUCUGC